AUGGGGAAGGUCACAACUUCUUCAACGCCGCCGCCUUUGUCUCAAGAAACUUCGAAUUUCGAUGAGGUUUAUAUGCAGCAAAGCUUACUCUUUGAUGAUAGUCUCAGGGAUUUAAAAAAUCUGAGAACGCAGUUAUAUUCAGCAGCUGAGUAUUUUGAACUUUCGUAUACCAACGAUGAUCAAAAACAGAUAGUUGUAGAAACACUGAAGGAUUAUGCUAUCAAAGCUCUUGUAAAUACGGUGGACCAUUUAGGUUCUGUGACCUAUAAAGUUAACGACUUGUUGGAUGAGAAGGUUGUUGAAGUUUCUGGAGCCGAGCUACGCGUAUCUUGUAUUGAACAGAGAAUAAGGACAUACCAAGGGUGUAUGGAUCAUAAGGGGAUUACCCAACAGUCGUUGGUGAUCAGUACACCAAAAUAUCACAAGCGUUACGUCUUGCCAGUUGGGGAAACCAUGAUUGGUGCCAACCUCACAAAGUCGAAAUAUGUUGGAUGCAGCCUUGAGGACGAAGAAGAGUGGCCUCAGUUCAGGAAUGCUGUUCGAGCUACAAUUAGAGAAACGCCAACAUCUACAACGGCAAGUAAAGGACGUUCACCGUCGCCUUCUGUACAACCUCAGAGACCUGGACCCUUUUCGUUCACUUCGACAAUGCCGAAAAAAGAUUUAGAGAAGCGAUCCGUUUCACCAUACCGGUUCCCGCUUCUACGUACUGGAUCUCGAUCAAGUAGACCUACAACACCGAAGACAAGCAGAUCAAGUACUCCAAACCCAAGCAGACCAAUCACACCAAAUCCUUCUAAUGCAACAAGACAAAGGUACCCUUCUGAGCCACGCAAAUCAGCUUCAAUGCGAUUAUCUGCUGAAAGGGACAAUGGAAAAGAGGUAGAACAAUACCCGACUAAAAGUAAAGGUCUCUUGAAGGCCUUAUUAAGCAGACGCAAGUCGAAGAAGGAUGACACACUUUAUACAUACUUGGACGAGUACUGA